AUGCUUUUAAAAGAAGGAUGCGAAAAAGUUACAAGAGUUGAAAAAACUAAAAAGAUUAUAUUUGAUGACUUUGACCGCGAUAUCCGUAUAGAUAGUAUGAUUGACAAUAAUUUGAUUAUACAUUUGAUAAGCAAGAACAAGGCAUUGUUGAAAGUAAAUAAUUUAAAAGUUUGGAGUCCUGAAGAAAAGUCAUGGUGGCGUCGAAAGCCGUCCAAAGCAUCAGUCAUUAUUUUAGAUAAUGUUUCAGUAUGUAUGAAAACGGGAGACUUUGUUGCAGUAAUUGGACCGAGCGGUGCGGGAAAGACAACGUUUCUUAUGUCUAUUGCUGGUAAAUGCACUCUCCCGAACAGCGGUACAAUCACGCUGAAUGGGAUAAACGUCAAGGAGUUGAGUGGAUCAGUUGAAAUUGUUGCGCACUUUGAUGUCUUCAUGGAAACCCUUACUGUGGAAGAGCAUCUGAUAUUUAUGACAGAAAUGAAAUUGGGUAGUGUCAACAAAAUUCGCAACAAAGCAAGGUUAGCUUCAAUCACUCGAGAGCUUAAGCUGAAUAAGCUGAAAAGUUCUAAGAUAAGUUCACUUUCUGGGGGAGAACGACGCCUUCUUUCGCUAGCUACAUCGCUACUCUCAAAUCCACAAAUCGUGAUAUGUGAUGAACCAACAACUGGACUUGAUAGCUAUAAUGCGGCUCUCGUAGUGGGAGUAUUGAAGACAUUGUCCAAAAGUGGAAAAAUAGUGGUUUGUUCGGUACACCAGCCGUCUUCAGAUCUUUUCAAAGAGUUCGAUUCGAUAUCAUUGAUGGCUGAAGGGAGACUGCUAUUUCAUGGACCUCAGGAGGAUUGUAAGAAUUUAUUUGAAAGGUUCAACCUUCGAUGUCCACAAAACUAUAAUCCGGCGGAAUUUUAUAUCAAGGCCGUAUCCAUGGACUUGGGCAAUAAAAUUUAUGACAUGGAAUAUAAAUUUGUGUCGGGUGAAGACGAAACAGGUUUUUAUGUCCACAGGUGCAAAAGGAACUGGUUCAAACAAGUCUACCUCUUGUUGUGGCGAUCGUCACUCGGUUUUAAAACGAACCUUAAACACUUCUUUUUUCAGCUUUUUCUUAACACGGUUGUAUCCGCACUCGUCAUAAGCACGUGCUAUGUUGGUAUAUCUGGGACUACGCAAAAGGGUGUACAAAAUAUCAGGGGUUUCCUCUGGCUGCUUUGUUCUGAGGUUUCCUUCAGUGUGUCGUACUGCGCGCUGUACGCUUUCGAGAAUGAUCUGACCUUGUUCAAACGGGAGGUUGGGAUUUACAACGCGUCUAGUUUUUAUGUUGCAAGAUUCUUAUGUCUGAUGCCGCGAUGCAUAACAUGGCCGAUCGCCUAUGUUGUGAUAGCAACAUUAGCAGUCGAUUUGCCCGACCAUUUCCUAACUGCGGUGAAAUUUACAUUAUCACUCAUAUGUACGGCCGUCGCUUCGUCUGCGUAUGGUCUAGGUAUGGGAGCUCUGUUCAUAUCAUCAGGUAUAAUGGCCGACAUUAUGCCGUGUGCAGACCUACCCCUAUUCCUUAUGUCUGGAGCUUUUCUUAGGAUAUCGUCACUCCCCGUCUGGCUAGAGCCUUUGAAGUACGUUUCGCACUUUUACUAUGGAAUGGAUGUUAUCAGCAACGUGUACUGGCGUCAAAUUGAUUGGAUUGAGUGUCCAUCGAAUGCAACGUCUAUUUGUUUGAACAACGGUGACGCAGUUUUAUUAGAAAAUGGUUACUCGAAGAAUUUUAUAUUUCAAGAUAGUUUAGGACUACUAUCCGUUACUUUUAUUUGGUGUCUUAUAGGAUUCUGCGGUUUGAAAAGAGAGGAAAAUAAAGGAUAUGCGUAUUGA